AUGCCCUCCACCGAGCCGCGCAUCGAAAGAGACAAGUCGCGCCAGGUCCCCAUGCCCAGCACGUUCUCCACGCUCGCGCCCCUCGACCCGUUCAAGCCGUGCAUGGAGUCGACCUCCGGCCGCGCUCGACGCCCGCACUGGACGAGUGGUCACGUCGAGGAGGACGGUGUCGACAAACGCACGGGGAUAACGAUCGAGUACCUUGCUGUUGUUAUGCGCCGUUACCAGAGGGGCAAGGCGUAUCUUGUCGCCUUCCACGGCCGUGACUAUGCACGGUCUGCGCUUGCUCGAUGGUCCCUUGCUGCCGGAGUGAAGGGCGAAGCGAUUGUUGGUGGGGCAGUAGAGAACAAGCAGUGGUCGAGAGCGCAACGACGAUGGGCGCGAGAGAAACUGGCAGCUGAUCCCUUCUCGUGGUACCUCACGCACGGCGGCUUCUACCUCCUCGACCAGCGCCGCAAGCGCAUCUGCCUCCAGGACCUCAGUCACCACAACUGCAUCGAGCACAACACCAGCCUCGUCCACCCCGACUUUGAGUUCCGCGAUGAGUACGCGCCCAUCGAGAUGCACCUCCACAUGUUAGAGAACCUCAUGCGCUACUCCAAGGGUGGUUUCAUCAUGACCUCGAACGAUGUCGCGCGCGUCCAAGUAGCUCGCAAGGCCGAGUACACCUUCCUCAUGGACAAGAUGCAUGUGGAGAUCGGCCGCGGCAAGAUGGCCGUUGUCCUCCAGCUCUUCAACAACCUAGAGAACUACGCGCCCUCGUCGCCGUCCCCCCACUCGCCCGCCACGCACAUCUGCCGGCUCAUCCCUUCGCCCUUGCCGUCGCCAUCCCCGCCACCGCCCGUAUCGCUUCCCGGCGUGCCCAACCACAUGCUCUGCGUCUUCAUGCUGAAGAGUUCCUCCCCGAUGGCUGGACGCCCUACCACCGCGUCGGGCUCCUGCACACCAUGCGCAUGGCCACGCGUCUUCGCAGAUCCAUAUGCGCGCUCCAGCAACAAGACCGCAGACCGCAAGGCCGGGCGCACCAGGGCGAAGACCAUCGACAAGACCGGCGGUGCCGGCGUUGUCAUUGAGAUGGGCAACAUCGGCGGGGAGCCCUUGGACGAGCCCGCUUUUUCGGAGGCUUGCCGAUGA